CUCAUGGGCCUUCCACUCCUCAUCAGAGACCUGCGGUCCCUUCGAUGUUACCGAUGGCGCCUCCAGGACCCCCACUUCAUGCACAAUUGCCAGGGCAACCACCCGUGCCAUUGAGGCCUCAGGCACCUGGACUUUUGCCUCAGCCUGGACAGUCAUUAAACCCACAGGAGCAUUUCCAGCCACCGGUGCUGAAUCAGUCUCAAGGUCCUUUUCAUUCAGACAUUGCCGUCGGGAGGGGCCCUGGACCUGAUCAUUUUGGUCACUCAUAUAGAACUUAUGAUAUGCAUUCUAGCACUCCUCAAGGGCCAGUACUUAGUGCUGUACAUCCCGGUCCUAUUGCUCCUCAAGUUGGUCUGAUGGGAAGAGCACCACCACAUGGUCCUGAAGGUCAGUUUGGUCUGCAGCGUCCUACCAAUCCAGUGGAUACUAAAAUGCUCCCAAAUCAGAGACCACAUCUCUUCGAUGGCAGACAAUUGGACUCGCAUCCUCCAGGGUCUUUGGAGAGGGGCCCAUUUGGGCAGCUUCCUGGUAAUGAAUCAAAUAUGAGGAGAAUUAAUGGGGCGCCAGGCCUUGAAUCUUUGCGGGAUGAAAGGUUCAACUCCGUGACUGAUGAACGUUUAAAUGCUUUUGCAAUGGAGCCCACUCGACGCUUUGACCAAGUAUCAAGGCCUCUUGACAUGGCACCCCGUGGGUACAAUUAUGAUGCUGGAGAACGAGCAAUGGGAGUUGGUCUUCAUGAUGAUAACCGUGGUUGGAUGGAUUCCACUCAUUCUCAUCCAGAUUUUCUUGGACCAGUUUCUGGAUUUGGUCGGCAUCAAAUGGAGCGGUUGACUCCAAGAAGUCCAGGUAGAGAAUACCCUGGUAUUCCAUCUCGUGGAUUUGGAGGCCGCCCACAUGGCCAAUCAGGUCUUGAUGAUAUUGAUAGCAGGGAACCUCGUUCAUUUGGUGAGGGAUCCAGAUCUUUUAACCCACCUUCAGAUCCAGUCGGCAAUUCGUUUCAUGAAACUAGGUUUCCCACUUUGCCUGGCCGCAUGCGGAAAGGCGAGCUUGAUGGUUCGGGGAAUUUGCGAAUGGAUGAGCAUUUGGCAUUUGGUCCUCAGAACAAUUGGAGGGGUGGAGACUUAAUGGGGCAGGAGAUUCCGCCUAGCCACUUGCGGAGGGGUGAGCUUUUGGGCCCUCGGAAUUUGCAGAGUCAUUCGCAUUUGGGAGAGCCAACUGGCUUUGGGGCUUUUUCUGGUCAUUCACGCAUGGGGGAAUUGGCUGGGCCUGGGAACUUCUCCCAUCAUCCACCUUUCAGUGAGUCAUUCGGAGGCAACCAGUCAAGUCAUCCACGUCUUGGUGAGCCUGGGUUUAGGAGCAGCUACUCCCUCCAGGGAUUUCCGAAUGAGGGUGGACUAUAUGCAGGUGACAUGGAUCCCUUUGAUAAAUCAAGAAAGAGGAAGCCAUGGAGCACAGGAUGGUGUCGUAUCUGUAAAAUUGAUUGUGAAACAGUUGAAGGUCUGGACCUGCAUUCACAGACAAGGGAACACCAGAAGAUGACAAUGGAUAUGGUUAUAAGCAUCAAGCAGCAGAAUUCAAAGAAACAGAAGACUUCUAACAAGCAUUCUGCACUAGAAGAGGCAAGCAAGCCAAGAAAUGCUGGUUUUGAGGGUCGUGGCAAUAAACCUUAAGCUGUGUCGAUAAUUGGGACUCGAGGUUGCUGCCUUGUUAUUGGAGAGGGUUUUGUGGAACUGAAGUUUCAGUGCAGUUAAGUUUGUUAUGCUUAUGAUUUUGACAUUUUAAUUUUCUAUUCGGAUAGUUUUAUGUCAAAUUAGCAACAUUAUCGGAGGUGUUACUGCACUUUUCAGUUAAUGGAUCGAUUUGUAGUUCUUUGUAUGGAAAAUGUGUUCUUGCCCAUAGAUGAGGAUGUUUUGAUUGUUUUAACAGUUGAAUUGUGUAACAUUCACGUGAGUUGAAUUACCUGUGUCAUAUGGGA